CUCUGCAACUCUCCGCGCGUCCUGCAGCUGCGUGGGUUUCCAAGGACUCCAGGAGGAAACUCGUGCGUGGAUCUCCUCUGUUUCACAGAACUCUGGCGGACGAACUCCCUGCAGACCCCACAGCAGCCGCACAGAAAAAUCAACAAACAGGCUUUUUAAGCCUUUUAUCUGCCAUCACUCCUGCGGAGCCGCCGUGUAGAUCAGCAGCUGGAGCCUGGCUGCAGGAUCGUUGAAUUUGGUGGCCCCUCUCGUCCUUCCCUGUGACCUCUGACCCUCGGACGACCGUCUCUCCUCCCCUGCCGUCUCCAUGGCGAUGAAGACGCUCCUGCACUUCGGGAAGUCGUUGCUCCGGGUGAAGGUGGUGGACGGCAGCACCGAGGACUCCCACCUGUCCCGGUGUCUCAACACCUUCGACCUGGUGGCCCUGGGCGUGGGCAGCACCCUGGGGGCCGGCGUGUACGUGCUGGCCGGAGCCGUCGCACGCGACAACUCAGGUCCUGCUAUCGUCCUGUCCUUCCUGAUAGCAGCAUUAGCGUCCGUGUUGGCCGGUCUUUGCUAUGCCGAGUUCGGAGCCCGGGUCCCCAAGACCGGCUCUGCCUAUCUGUACUCCUACGUGACUGUUGGAGAACUCUGGGCCUUCAUCACCGGCUGGAACCUCAUCCUCUCCUACGUCAUCGGAACCUCCAGUGUGGCUCGCGCUUGGAGCGCCACGUUCGACGAGUUGGUCGGGAAGCGCAUAGAGCAUUUCUGCAAAGAGUACAUGUCCAUGAACGCCCCGGGUAUCCUGGCCCAGUACCCCGAUAUGUUUGCUGUCGUCGUCAUCCUGACCCUCACAGGGCUCCUGGCUUUUGGAGUAAAAGAGUCGGCGAUGGUGAACAAGGUUUUCACGUGUAUAAACGUACUCGUGUUGUUGUUCAUGGUGGUCUCCGGUCUGGUCAAAGGAAGUAUGAAGAACUGGCACCUGGACCCGGCCGAGAUCCUACACCUCAAUAAUACAACCAACUCCAGUCACAAUCUGACCGACGUCCUGCCGUCCAAGGAGAGCUUGGGAGAGGGGGGCUUCAUGCCGUUUGGCUUCACGGGCGUCCUCUCAGGAGCUGCCACCUGUUUCUACGCUUUCGUUGGAUUCGACUGCAUCGCCACUACAGGUGAAGAGGUGAAGAACCCUCAGAGAGCCAUUCCCAUCGGCAUCGUGUCGUCGCUGCUGAUCUGCUUCGUGGCGUACUUCGGCGUGUCUGCCGCGCUCACGCUGAUGAUGCCCUACUAUCUCCUGGACAGCAACAGUCCUCUGCCCGUGGCCUUCAAAUACGUGGGCUGGGACGGAGCCAAGUACGCCGUGGCGGUGGGCUCGCUGUGUGCUCUCUCCACCAGUCUGUUGGGCUCCAUGUUCCCCCUGCCCCGUAUCAUCUUUGCCAUGUCGCGGGAUGGCCUGCUCUUCUCCUUCCUGGCCCACGUCAGCGAGAGGAAAGCCCCCGUAACCUCCACUUUCGCUGCCGGGAUUAUGUCUGCAAUCAUGGCGUUUCUGUUCGACCUGAAGGACCUGGUGGACCUGAUGUCUAUCGGGACGCUGCUGGCGUAUACAUUAGUAGCCGCCUGUGUGUUGGUUCUCAGGUACCAGCCUGAGAUGUCCACCGCCGUCUACCAGAGGGCCAAUAGCCAGGAUGAGUCGGACUUGGGCGACAGUAUCAGCGUUCCCAGCAUGGACAUCCUGCCUGGGGUCGAGGAAAGGUUCAGCUUCCAGAGCCUGCUCUCCCCAGAUAACUCCGAGCCAUCAAUACUGUCUGGCUUCAUCGUCAACAUCUGCACCUCUGUCUUGGGGAUACUGAUCCUGGUAUUCAGUGUUUUGGCGGUGCAGGGUAGCAUCACCCCAUGGAUCAUCAUAGCCCUCACCGUUAUCUUCAUGGUGUGUCUAAUCCUCGUCUUCAUCGUCGGGAGGCAGCCUCAGAGCAAGACAAAACUCUCUUUCAAGGUCCCCCUGCUGCCCUUCCUCCCCGUGGUCAGCAUGUUUGUCAAUGUCUACCUGAUGAUGCAGCUGGACCGAGGCACUUGGAUUCGAUUUUCAAUCUGGAUGGCUAUAGGGUUUGUGAUCUACUUCUGCUACGGCAUUCAUCACAGCAACGAGGCGGCUCGGACCCGCUCUUCUCCAGACACGGAGAUGAACGGCCUGAAGCUCGACCACGAAUUAGAAGCCAUGUCCACGGAAAAAGACGCCUUUCUCAACAGUGGCAUCGAUGUCAGGGAAGAAAACGAAGAUUUGUAGAACGGCUCAGCGCGCGCCGCUUCAUGUCACAGGAGUACGCUUGUCAGGAUAGCUCCUACUACUUCUCUGCUGGUACUCCCUUUGGGGAAAGCUAUGAUUUAAAAAAAAAAAAACACAAAAAAACUGUCCCAGUAUUCACAAACUUUGACUCCCCCUUUCUGCUACGGAGUAGAAAGCACACAGCUGCUGAUACGUCUCAUGCAAAAAAGACUUCUGAGGCCAUGUUUGACAUUCUGCGGUGUCACGGUUUUCGCAUGCUGUUACCCCUUUUUGCUUGGCAAUGAAUACGUGGAACAUGUGACGUGGGAGUUCAGAGAAGGAGAGAGACCAUGCUAGGCUUCUUGUCGUGUUGGGUUUUAUUUACGUCUUUGGAGUGUGUCUGGGUUUGAUUACUGGCAGCAGGACUGUGGAUGGAGCUGCCGUCUGGGUGCCAGGAAGUUCUGCCUUUCUUCAGUAUUCCUUUUUAUCUCUUAAAACAUACUAAAACUAUAGAAGGUAUGCAGUGACGUCACUUCCCCACUGGACCAGGCCCCCUGAGUGGCAAAACAUCAGCAGAAAUGGCUGCAACUAGUGGAGAAGACGGGAUAACAGUCGAUUAUGGGCUUAAAAUAAAGGCAGUUGGACUUGACAGUGACCCGUACAGUUACCCCAAGAACCAGUGGUCCAUGGACAUUAAUAUUUGGUACAGUUACCAAGAACCAGUGGUCCAUGGACAUUAAUAUUUGGUACAGUUACC